UGAUAUGUCCAUAGAUUUGACGUAUUUUAGUCAUGUGCUUUUUGGAAAAGCUCUUGAAAAUUGAGUAGGGACUAGUGGGUGAUUCUUGGUAAUUUGACAAAGAAGCAUUCCGAAGAUUGAACUAAAUACUAGUAUCGCUUGUGUUGGUUUUCCUCCAAAACUCAGUUGUCUUGCCUUCUGAAGGUGACUUUUACUUUUCGUAUGAUAUGAUUUUUGAAUUUCGAAAGUUGAUUGCAACGACUGAAGUUUAUAUAAUUACGAAAAGUGUUGUUGCAGAGCACUAUAUUGUCCAUUGACCAAGAUCAAGCAUGAAUAAUUGGGCUUUAAAAGAACUUUCAGUGGGUAAGUUUGGGCAAGAAAUUAUUUCUCAAGCAAGUGAACUUUCUACCAACAUAUCCACUGAUGAGAUUUGCAGUCUGAUUCAGGAAGAUCAAAGUAAACAUCGACUCAUUUACGUUGUUGGCAAUCCUGGAUCAGGUAGAACAACAUAUUGCCAGGCAAUUAUAAAAAGCUUGAUAGAAGGUUGCUAUAUCAAGGAAUCUGAAGCAGUUUUCAUAAAAAUUGACAAGCAUGACAAUGUCGAUUGUGUUAUAAACUGUGCAAUACAAUUGGCAAGAUCGAAAAAGAAUUUCAAUGAUGUCAUCAUCCGUCUUGCUUCUCAAAGAUUUUCUCUUGAGGAAAAAAGGCAUGCAAUAAUUCUAGUUUUUAGCAGUUUUAAAUUGGUUUGUUUUGAUGAUCUUUUCAAUGCUGAAAACCCAGAGAUGUUUGACUUCUUACAGUCUGUAAUAAAAGAACUGGAAACUACUGUUCUUUCUGUGAUUUCCAGAAGUCAAAGGACUCCAGAAUCAGGUACCAAAGUAAUGGUUAAUGGUAUUAAUGUUGACAAGAUUACUUAUCAAAAACAGUGGCAAGAUAUCAUGUUUCAAAGUUACUUUGUGAAAGAGAAAAUAUUAAAUCCAAAAGCUUCUAAAAUGUUGGUUAAGGCAUCAAAAAUCCUGAACAUCAAGGAAAAUGAAUGUAUGAUGGGCAUCAGAAGUAAAACUUCUGUUGCAGAUACAUUACAUGUACUCUGGGAAUAUUUAAGUAUUUCUGAGAAAUUGAUUAUGAUACAACUGAAAGAUCUUCGAAGGUCUCUACCGCUGAAAGACACUUCCUUUCUUACUAGACUCAACGAACUUGGUUUAGUGGAACUUUCUAGAUCUGAAAUUGAUGGAAAAUAUUUUGAAGAAGUUGCUUUGUUAAGUCCUUCUAUUAAUGAAUUUGUCAACACAAGAAACAUGGAAGACACAAACAUGUUAAAGAUUGAUCAAAAAUUUGACGUCUUCACGUGCUGGAUGAAGCUACUAUCUGAUGAGUUGGUGAGUCUCUUGGAAGAUGCGAAAAGCAAUUCAUGGCCCUUUGUUCCAGAAAAGUGGCAAUAUGUGGACAAAUUUAAUGCAAGCAAAGAGAAAAGUUUGAAUGUAAAAGAUUUGAUUACCAAGAAAUCAGACAAUUUUCCACAUUUGACUAAUUUUGAUAUUUUACAGGAAAUUCUCCACCAUUCUGUACAAAGAAAAGAGUACGAAAAUAUGGCAGCCAUUCUGUUUCUUAUCGACCGAUACAUCUAUUGGCAGGGAGGUUCUCAAACUCUUCUUGAUAUGGUUGAUUUUAUUAUGAAAGAAAAACCUGAAAUACCUAUUGCCCCACAGCUUCGUAUCAGAAAGGCACGUGUUUUAAGAACUUCUGGAGACUUACAAGGCGCUGGAAGAAUCCUUGACGCAUUGUUGAACGAGAAACAAAAUGUUGGAAUGUGGAAAUACAAAGAAAAACACGAUCAUGACCUCAUACGGGGUGUUUGCGUUCAAAUCAAAGGUGAGAUCCAGUCCACUCUCGGUCAGUGGUACAACUCGGCAGUGCUCCUUCUCGAUUCUGUUUACGUGCUUAAAAACCUUCCUAAAGUCGACAAGAAAGGUCUUUCUUGUAGUUUGGGUUUGUUGGUCAACACAUUUCAACAGAUCCCCAUUGAUGAUUUCAAUCUAAUCUCACAGAAAUAUGAUUUGAAAGAAAAACAUCCCUAUAUGCAGGCUUAUAAGUUUGCCAUCGAGGCUGCAGAUCUGGCGAAAUAUACACCAUUAUUCUUUGCUCGACACAAGCGUCGGGCAGGAGAAAUGCUAUUUGAGUACUGGAAAUCAAAAACAGAAGAGAAUAAGUGUCAUUAUCUUGAAAGCGCUCUGGUCGAACUGAAGGAAAGCUUGGCCGCUCACAAAAACUUGGAUUCUCUAAAAAGCAGAGAACAGUAUUAUGAAUUUAUCAAUGCUUUGUACAAAGCAAGUUGUGUAUUACAAUACAGCCAAACGAAUCAAAGGAUUAUGUCAUAUUUGUUAAAGUCCUGUUCCAUGACCUUGUUCCUUCAUUAUUGUCUUAAUCCAACCACUAUCACUCACAAUGAAUACAGUAAAAAGAAGAUCAACGCGGCAUUAACGAUUCUUGAACUUCCUUCCUAUGUUGAAAUGGAUCGUUUUACAUACGGCACAACGGAACCGCUUUACUUGAGACGAAAAGAACUACGACUUCAUGAUAGCUGUGAAAAAGCUCCAAUGGUUGAUCGAAUUUCGGAGACAGCAGAAACAAUCAAUACUCAAUCUUCUGCUAAAAUGGUUGAUAGAAUUUCCGAGACUACAGAAACUUUAACCAUCGAUACUCAAUCUCCUGCUGUCACGCCAACUUUUUACCGAAGUGACUCCGAUGACGAAGGGGAUAACGAUGUACAUGAAUGUGAAAUAAGGUCGUAUGACGCAAUUCGAGCUCGCUGGCGAACUCACAGGACUCUUGUGUACAUCGGGGAACCUCUGAGUCUCUCCAAAGAGAAGGAAGGAGCUUUAAGGGAUCCCUACAUGGUAGAAUACCUUAGUCAGGAUGAGCCUAUGGGAAAGUAUCUUGGAAAACAAUACAAGAAGUCACGUGCUGUUGAGCAAUACCUGGAGGAUGUCACGUGUCAGAUGACUGCCCGUUACUACGUAGGAAUGUUUAAUGAAGAAUUGUACAAGAAAGGAAUUGAAGUCAGUCCAAUCCAAUUCUUACCAGUUGUAAUGCUUCAACUCUUCAAACGUGAUGGCCAACCGACUUCUAUGAUUUACAAUGUUGAACCAUACAUGCAAGGAAACUUUACCAGAUUAACCAACAACUGGGACUUUGUCAAUACAAAUGGUGUUGGUUGUAAAUUGGUGCUGGCAUUCAGCCAUUUUACCUACGAGAAAUCGGGUGGUGAAUUACUCAUCACUGAUCAUCAAGGAUGGACAACUGAUGAUCAUCGAUCCACAACAUUCCUAACCGAUCCACAGAUACACAGUCGCAAUAAAAUGUUAUAUGGCACAGGUAACAAGGGAAUGGAAGGGAUGAAAACGUUUUGGAAUGUGAUGCAUGUUGAAUGUAAUGAGAUAUGCAAAAAGUUAUGUCUGACAAGACCGUCAUGAAUAAUUGUAUGGAGCUUCCUCAGUUUAGCGGACAGCUCUUGCACUUUCCGAAUAUUCAGCGCGGGAAAUUACUACUAUCGUAGUGAAACUAGCGCUGGAGCAAAUACCUUUCGAUAUUAAAUCCACCUUCUAAAAAUAGUAGAAAGUAAUACCUGUCCCAAAUUUCGAUAUUGUUGAAGUAGGUCGAGUCGACACAAAGUGGUCGUUUUAAUUUUCGUUUUUAUUCGUGCAUUUGUGACGUGCCAAUUGUAGCUAUAUUGACGCACAUUGCACUAUUUUGCUACCUGUAAUAGAAAUGUGACUUUCCAAGACUGUCAUCGCUAUGUUUUGUUGAGUGAUUUUAAUAUGAAAAUGGAGAUUGCAUCAUAGGACAUUUAAAUUUGAAAUUUAAGAUGAUUUAGUUAUUGUUUGUAAAAUUUGAAAAUUGUUUCUAAUUCCACGAUUAUUGAGUUAUAUUUUCGUAAUUAUAAAAAUUGUUCUAAUUUUACGAUUAUUUAAUUGAUUUUUAUAAAUUUUAUCUAAAUUACUUAUUUAUUAUUUGCUCUAUUUUUUUUAUUUGCUCUUUGCUAUACAAUACACAAAAUUCAACAUAAUAAAUGAAAUCAUGUAAAAAAA